AUGUCCACCUCCUUUCAUUACCAAUCCACUUGUGUCGAGGAGGACUCUGCAUAUCUGGACCUCACUCUGCCCAAUGUCGUUGCCGAUGACUUCUCCUUCGCGCCCCAAUCGAAUACCUACCCCGCGGCCAAUUGCGGGCCGAUAGACCUCUCCAAACUGGAUGAGAGCAUCUCCUUUGAUAAUGUACUGUGGGACCAUUUCAACCUAGACUUGUUGGGCUUUGCUACCGAAUCUUCCAUCCAUCCAUCCACUUCGCCGUUAAACGACAUCUGGUCCACCGACUUCAAUUCCCUCCCUGACCCAUCCUCCAUCUGUUUUGAUACCCCCCAAAUGGGCUAUGCUUCACCCGCCUUUUUCUCUGCAGAAGCAGAUACCAUUUCUACUGACCGCACUCUCCCUUCACCCGAUUCGGAUGACUCCAUCCAACGCCUGAACUGGCUUCAAAACGAUCUUCGCUCUGGAUUCCAGGAAGAAUGCGCACCCGCUGCCCAAAGCAGGGUCUGGCAACCUAGCUCAACCACCAUAAGCGACUCGUCAUUCGACAACAAUUCGUUCUCCCUUACCGGAUCGCCGGGCUCAUCAACGGGCACUGUCCCGGAACUCUCCCCCGCGUCUAUCACAAGAGUCGGAUCAGCAUCCGCUGGCCCCUCUAGGCCUACGCCGCUGCCUGCAUCCGGUGGGGUUCAAAUGGUCCUGGACAUGAACCUGAACGAGACCACAUCGCUGCCGAAGAAAGCAUCGCCCAAAGACCCAGGAGGAGCGGCAGCGUGCACAUGUGUCGAUAAGACGAACUCCGCCCUCACAACUGCCAAACGGAAGAAGCUAAUGAAGCAUGUUCAAACUUCCCAGCAACAUUGUUCAAGUGCUGUCACACCGGUUUCGGCCGGCGAUCGAUGGCGCAGAACCAGUGUCCGUCCAUGUUCUGGGCCGCUGCAAUCCUCGCCUACGCCACAAGUGUGUGUCAUUCCCAAAUCCACUUGGCGAUGCGACGGAGGCCUGUCAUGCACUGAUCCCGAAUGCCCCGAAUGUUGUGGUAAUGAGGAACCAAUUGCCCAACGUCUUCAAGUUGUGGUACAAUCCAGUCUUGACUGCCAACGCCACAGACCAUAUAUCAAUCGCGGGACAUUGGAUUUGAUAGAGUGGCAACCAUGGGGAGAACCAUCAGACGAGCACCGGAGAUAUACUCUUCUGCCUCCUGUGCGAGAGUCGCUGGAACCAGCGUCUCAGACUCAACGCGCGAUCCGAUCUCGUUUGCAGACGACAACUGGUGUGCCUGGGUCCGUCAGGGCUGCUCAGGAUCUGGAUAUUCAUACCAUCGCAGGUCCUGGACGAGCGUACUCAUCUCGAGAUCCACAGUUCUCUCGAGACAAUCUGGGAGAUAGGCCAACUUGCCCGCAUCCGACGAAUAUCAAAAUUACAUCUACCCAUGCUAGCAUUAGGGAUAGUCGGCCGAACUCGCAUCUCUUGAGCAGUGUUAGAAAUCAUGGUUCGCCUAAUGUCGGGGACGAUAUUGCGACUUGCUACAUGUCCUUCAUCUAUAUUCUCGCGAUCAUCAGCCUCAUGGAAACCUUCUGCUUCAUCUGGAAAAUGGGAGAUACAACACGCCAUUCGCAACAGAAAACCCUCUCAUUCGGAAGCGGGGGAACCGAGCACAGCAGCCAUAACAUGCCUCCUGAUGAUCUUGGGAUUCUCAUUUGUCUCACCAACCCUCUCAAUCGUUGCCUCCAUCUUCUUAUAUCGUGCCACCAGAUGUUCCCCGUCGUCAAGUAA